UACACUUAAUGGUCUGACUGGUCUAUAUAUACACACUGCAAUUACUAGAAAGCAAAUAUCAACCAUAAAUCUAAGUACAAAGUCUUCCCAACCAUAUCCGCAUUGUAGUAGUAAAAAAUGAAGAAAGUAGCAGAGCUGGUCUUCAUCCCUGCACCCCCAGUCGGUCACAUAGAAUCGGCAGUGGAGAUGGCCAACCUCCUCAUCCGCCGCGACGAACGGCUCUUCAUUACAGUAAUCGUAAUGAAGGUGCGCAAGCCAUCAAUGUCUGAAGACGCGAACUCUCGCAUACGUUUUGUGGAACUUCCUUUCGAAGAAUCAAAAAGCAAGCCCGGGAUACAAUUCAUGAACACCCUUGUAGAAAACAACAAGACUCCAGUGAGAGAUGUUGCUGCCGGAAUCCAAACCAAUAAUAGACUUGCUGGAUUUGUUGUUGACAUGCUCUGCACCGGCAUGAUCGAUGUAGCUGAUGAGUUGGGGGUCCCAUCCUACGUCUACUUCACAUCAAGUGCUGGUUAUCUUGGCCUCGUGUUUCAUCUCCAGUCCAUCCACGAUGACCAAAACAUAGACAUUACUCAGUUCAAGGACUUGGAUACUGAGUUGUCCGUUCCAAGUUUUACGAAUUCUGUUCCCGCUAAGGUCUUGCCAACUGGGGUGGAAAACCCAGAUGUGUACAGCCUGUACAUAGAAAUUGCCCGACGGUUCAGACAGACUAAGGGCAUCGCGGUCAACACGUUCAUGGAGCUAGAAUCCCAUGCAGUGAAGUCCCUAUCAGAUGGUAAGACCCCGCCAGUCUACCCGGUGGGACCUAUACUCAACCUCAAGAGUGGUGAGAGGAGCCACCAAUCCGAUGCUAUCAUGAGCUGGCUUGACGAUCAGCCACCAUCGUCGGUGGUGUUCUUGUGCUUCGGGAGUUUGGGAAGCUUCAGUAAGGAACAGGUGAAAGAGAUUGCGGACGCACUAGAGUGCAGUGGCUACCGUUUCUUGUGGGCCCUGCGUCAGCCUAAACCAAAGGGAAAGGUCGAGAUUCCAAAAGAAUAUGAGGAUCCGCAAGAAGUCCUGCCUGAGGGAUUCUUGGAACGGAUGGCAGGGAUGGGAAAAGUGAUUGGUUGGGCGCCACAAGUGGCAGUGCUGUCACACCCAGCGGUGGGAGGGUUUGUGUCACAUUGCGGGUGGAAUUCUACAUUGGAGAGCGUAUGGUGUGGAGUGCCCAUGGCAGCAUGGCCUCUGUACGCAGAGCAGCAAAUGAAUGCUUUUGAAAUGGUGAGAGAGUUGGGGUUAGCAGUGGAGAUCAAGAUGGACUAUAGGAAAGAUAUGAUGACGGAUAUCUACCCAGAGCCUUUGAUGGCAGAGGAGAUAGAGACUGGGAUAAGAAAAGUUAUGACGAUCGACGAGGAAAUUAGGAAGAAGGUGAAUGAGAUGAAAGAAAAAAGCAGAGAAGCCAUGAUGGAGGGUGGGUCAUCCUACAUUUAUCUGGGAUGUUUGAUUGAGGACCUAAUUAAGAAUAUGGAGUUCCCAACUCAAAAAUCCGUUGAACAAGAAUAAAGCUUUCUCCUCUAAACCAGACCCUCUCCUCCCCUCCGUUUUUCUCCCUGCUCCGGAGUGGGGAGGUGAUGUUCUAUCUCCUAUGGCUGCAAUAAAUUCAGCAUGUUUCAAUAAGUUAGGUCUGUAUGUAUUUUGUAACACCGUUUUUGUUUUUGUUAAGCUAGAUCUGCUCAUGUUGCUUGUUUUCGGCUAACAUGAGUGGAUCUGUUUUCUCUCCAACUAACUGUCCAAUGUAUUUCGGUUUUGGUUGUUUCCAACUUGAUCUUAUCUUUUUCUCCUUGAUUUGAUCUUGUGCUGGAUUUUGGGGGUCUUCCCUUUGUAAGAGCGCCUUGUGAAUGUUACUUUAAAACUGUUGCUUUAAUGAUAACUAGACCUUUGGAUCA